AUGUCCUCCCUCGCCCUCCCUGCCAUGCACCACACCGCCCACACCCCCUCCCCGCACCCGCCGCCCCCCCCGGCCUUCCCAAAUUCAUCCCGCGUCCGCAAGAGGAGCACACCCCCGCUCGAGGAAGACUCGGAUGACGAGGACGAGGAUGAUAAACGGCGUGGACCAGGGCCGAACAAGAAGAAGGCGAGUGGCGCUGGGGCGUGGGGGUGGGAUGAUAUGGGCGACUAUAAGUACAUGGUCGAGAUAAGGCAAAUGAUGUUUGUCUUUGGCGAAGUCCAAACUCCCCUCUCCGAAACAGUCAAACUCGUCGAAGAUAUCGUCCGCUCCCAAAUAAUUGAAAUCGUCACCCGCGCCCGUCUCCUAACCCACCUCCGCUCAUCCCGCUUUCUCUCCCCUGAAGACCUCAUCUUCUUAAUCCGAGACGACCGCGCGAAAGUGAACCGCCUGCGCACGUAUCUGUCUUGGAAAGAUGUACGUAAGAGGGCAAAGGAGGAAGCGGAGAGAGCAGGGCAAGGGGAGGAUGUUGAUUUGGAGGAAGGAGGAGGAGGGGAGGAUGAUAAGGGUCUGAAAGGGAGGAGACAGAUGGUCAAGCUGCCUUGGGAGCUGUUGACGCCGUUCACUGCCUUCUUGAGGAGUAUACCGGGCAAAGAAGAGGAUGAAGAGGAAGACGACGACGAGCUGCAGGCAUACGAGGAUUCCAUGCAGCGUCUAAAAGAAGCCGACGAAAUCACGAAGAAGAUGACAAAAGGCGAAUACGCCCAAUACUCUGAAUGCCGCCAGGCCUCCUUCACAUACCGCCGUGCCCGCCGUUUCCGCGAAUUCAUAAACUUUGGCGCCUACCUCGACGUCCGUCCAAACGACGAUAUCGUCGAUAUCCUCGGUUUCCUCGCUUUCGAGAUGGUCAGAAGUUUGUGUGUGACGGCGUUGGACUUGAGGGAGAGGUUGGAAAAGACCAAAGUGACUGGUGCUGCCGGCGCGGGAGGGGUAGCGAUGGAGAAGAAGACUUCUUCCAAUGGCGGUGAUCCCCAAUCAUCACCCACCAAACCCCCCGCGCCCCUUUCAUCUCCGAUCAAAGAACCUUCCGACCUCCCUGCAUCCGACGAACCGCCCAAACCCGCCCACCCGCCCAACCCGCCAUCCCUCUUUGCUCCUCCGCCUUCUGCGCGCCAGCCGUUGCAGCCGUGCCAUAUCCUUGAGGCGUUUGGGCAGAUACAGAGGGCGCAGGCUCUGAAGCGUGUUGGGGGGAUGGGGAAAUUUAGGGGUGGGGUGGUAGGGAGGAGGAGGAUGGCUUUGGUGUAA